GUCAACAGGAAGCAAUCCUAAUAACUAGAAAAACGCAAGGACGAUCGCCAUAUCAUUCGACGAAAAAGUCACAAUUCCCAAGCCUCGUUUCGGUCCCUGGACGCAGCUCGGUCCGGACGGUCUGAUGACGUUAUCGACACGCGACGCUCCGCCGUGUGAGGUGAAAUGAAAAUGUGGCGGAGGCUGCGCGAUUUAUCAGCAACACGAAAUCUUUUAUGAAUUCCAAAGUUGGUUUUUAAUGCUUUUAUUUGGAUUUAACUUACGUCAAAGAAGAAGAAAACAAUUUGUUGGGACAUGUCUCGUCACGGCCGGAAAAACGGGAUUCCAGACAGGUGGCUGGAUUACCGAGCGGUAGGCAAGCGACUCCGCGGGACCCGUUUUGUGGCCUUCAAGGUUCCCCUCAAUCAGUCUCUCAACCGGCAGCUGACGCCCUCCGAGGCGUUCGGACCGUGGGAACUGCUGGAUGCCAUCCGGCGAGACGGCCAGGAGCUGGGUCUCGUCGUGGACCUGACCUUCACCACCCGCUACUACCGGCCGCAGGACCUUCCGGCGUCGCUGGGCCACGUGAAGGUCUUGACCAAGGGUCACGUGGUGCCCGCCGACAACGCCAUCUUUGCCUUCAAGCGAGCCGUCCGCCGAUUCCUGCGAGAGAACGCCGACAACGACAAGCUGAUCGGCGUCCACUGCACGCACGGACUCAACCGGACGGGCUACAUGAUCUGCAGGUACCUGAUCGACGUGGACGGGAUGGAUCCCGACGAGGCCAUCCAACUGUUCAACUCGUGUCGCGGUCACGACAUGGAGAGGAGCAACUACAUCGACGACCUUCGCGGCGGACGCAGAAGAAGCAACAAGGGCAUGGACAGGGAGUGUCCGUCGCCGUCGUCGCGAGGACGAGACGGCCCGCAAAACGCCAACGGUCGGCGGAGUCAGAGCGGCUCCGACGACGGCCGCAGAUUUUUCCCGCCAGGAGCCGAAAGUCGCCGGCCACCCGAAUGGCCCCGACGUGACGGCCCCCCGCGUAUCCGCCCCCGGUGUCAGCAGCCACUGCGUUACCAACCCCCGCGCAUCCGCCCCCAUCAAAACCACCCCCAGCGUUACCAACCCCCACACAUCCGCCCCCAGCGUUACCAGCCCCCGCUUUUGGGCGGCCUUCUCUCACCCCCCGCACGGCCCCCUGCCCGCCUCUACGGGCAGGCGUCGCCCCGCGCCGCCAACCGGGCGGGUCGACCCCAGUCGGGGCCGCGCCCCUCGGCCGUCCUCCCUCGCUACAUCCCCCGUUGGGCCAAUCAGCAAAAUGGUGAUGACCAGGGGUGGUGUUGAAAUUUCACGUGACAUUUUUUUUUGUUGGUCUUCGUAUGAUGGACAACUCUGAAAUUUUUCAUUUAGCACCGCGUGGCUCGCUCGCAGAAUUGAGCAGAGGAAAUAAGCGACCUGCCGAGGCUCAAGGCUUAACGGUUUGCUGGCUAGCUAACUCUUUCAAGUUAUUAAAGAUCGCUUGUGUCCUGAAA